AUGACACAACCAAAUCCAAACAAACAAAGUGUAGAAUUAAAUCGUACUAGCCUCUACUGGGGUUUAUUACUUAUUUUUGUAUUAGCUGUUUUAUUUUCUAAUUAUUUCUUUAAUUAG